GCGGAUAACACCGACCGAAUUCUUCGAAAGAGACUCCUCGGAGUUCGAUUGGUAUGCUGUCUGUGGUCAGCAUACGGUCGAGGCCAUGAAGACAUUGGUAAAAAAUGGCUCUCCGGCAGUCGACGUCUAUGGCCUUCGCGCGUACUCUAAGGUGCGGGUCAUCUAUUUUGGAGAUGAGCAGACACGAGGGUAUUUCAAUGUCUCCGCCUUCGACAACACGCGCGAAAAUCGGGCCAUGAUGUUGUCCUUCGAGGAUGCUGUCCGUGAUAUGAGGCAAUGGUGGAUCGAUAACCAUCGAAUCGAGGCCCCGAAAGGCAAGGUCAACGAUAAGGAUGCGGUCGCCGUUGCGCACCAAAAGAAGUGGCAGAAUUUCUUAAGGGCCUCCAUGGGGAAGGCAUGCGACAAGGCGUUCGUGAAGCAGGCGCUCGAGAAUGAGCAUAGUAAGGAUUGGAGCAAUAAACUCCGUGGCUACAUGAACCUUGCCACAUCCACCGAGGCUGUGUGGCCACUGGUCGAGAAGUUCUUCGAGAUGUUCAACGAGGGGAAGCUGYCAGUUGGCGAUGGUAAAAUAUCGCUUGACAUGCAGGGUAGGAUGGAGGGGCGCCAGCCAGGCCCGCCAUCGAAUGACAUCACGAGGUAUGGCAAUAUCGCUACGGCGAGUCGAGACAUGAUGAUCAUUGUCCUGCACGCGGAGGGAGGGGAUCUCAGAAAGGUCACGGUCGCACCCCGCCUUGUCAAUGACCUCACAAACGUGCAUGUUGUGGAGGACAAGUUCGGGAAGUGUCUGGGGAAACACUGUGGCAUAGAGGGCGAUGAAAGUGUGGUGUAUUCCAUCUGGGAGCGAGAGCCUGGCAAGUUGCGUUCCGUGUGUGGGUCAUUCGUCGGGGAGGCAGAAGGUGUGCUUUUAUUGGGUAGGGCGCACGCGGGUCUUGUGUGGGAAUUAUUACUGGCGGGGAAUAAUGUCAUUGCCUGUGACGAGUCGGCAAAGGACAUUGCAUACUUGACAAAGUUCAUCGAUAUACUUGUCAAGGACGACAGAUUCAACUGCCACAUCGAGAAACCGCAUUGCAAACAUCGCCCGAACAGGGACAUGUUCCACAAGUUGGGGCCUAAGAGACUGAAGGUGUGGGAGUACUUGUUCCGCGAUAUGCCACAAGGACGGCUUGACGGGAAAUAUAUAUACAGGAAAGCAAAGGCAACAGAGACCCUCAAACAUUAUCACGGUGCUCUCACUGGCGCCUUCGAGACUUUUGUUGCUCGAUGCGAGAUCCUCAAGUUCGAUCUUCGCAAAGACAAAUUGACGUCCAAGGACUACGCGGAGCUCGCGAAAUCGGGCAAUGGUUUUAACCCCGUCGACAGCGAGGAAGAUUCUUCGGACUCCGACCUCGAACUCGGCGAGGACACAUGUGCUGAGGUUCCACGCGGUGGAAAGGUGCAAGCUCACGAAGACGGAACUGUCCAUUCGCACGGAGGGUCCAUCCCGGUGGCCGCCCCAAGCGUCGCCUCAAUGGUGGCCCCGUCCGAGAGUGCUGCAUUGCAAGACAUUGGAAGAUGUGGUGGCAAUGAAGAAGGCGACAUUGAGAUACCAGGCGAGGCGUCGACGCUCGCACCAGGCGAUGCAAUUCCUUCAGGCUACUGUGUUGACCCAGACACGAUAUAUUUCUUGGAGGGCUAACACACCCACACAGGCGAGGAUCAGUGGGGCCAUGACAUCAUAUGGCAUGAGGGCGUUUUACAGUCGUGCAUCCAAGAUGGGGAGUGGAAGAUGGCGGUGAAAUACACAAGCGGUUGGAAGACUUUUCGCCGAAUGUCAAAGGACAUCUGGUUGAAAACGACGGAACUCGCGAUCCUGCAUCGCGUGCGUGUCGAGAAUCCAGAGCAGAGCGAGGCCGCCAUCAAAGCCAAGGCCAAAGAAUUGUUUCAUGUCUUGCGCGACAAUCGGCAACAUGAGUACAGCAACAAAUUUUAUGCCCUGCG